AUGUCUCUAGCCCGUAAAGUUGUAAUUGUGACAGGAGCAAGUUCGGGUAUAGGCGCCACCACGGCGGAAGCUUUCGCCCAGCAUGGAGCUAAAGUGGCGAUCGUCGGACGCAAUGAAACCAAUUUGAAGGCCACUGAAGCAGCAUGCAAGGCUGUGAAUGCAAAGGCGGAAAUAUUGCCUAUCACUGCCGACGUGACGGUCGAUGCGGAGCGUAUUAUAAAACAAACAGUGGCGAAAUUCGGACAAUUGGAUGUGCUGGUGAAUAAUGCUGGCAUAGCCGCAACAGGCCAUAUUUUAGAUAUUGACGUGGAUCAAUUUGACAAAAUUUUAAAUACUAAUUUGCGUGCAGUUUUCCUUUUGACCAAGUUUGCCGCGCCACAUCUGAUCAAAACGCAAGGCAAUAUCGUAAAUGUGUCUAGUAUCGCCGGUCUGCGAUCAUUCCCGAAUGUGUCUGUUUAUUGUACUUCAAAGGCGGCGCUUGAUCAAUUUACCAGAUGCAUUGCUCUCGACUUGGCGCCACAUAAUGUGCGCGUUAAUGCUGUCAAUCCUGGUGUUAUAAUUACGGAUAUACAUAAACGUAUGGGAAUGUCGGCUGAGGAAUAUGAAAAAUAUUUGGAACAUUGUAAGACGACUCAUGCGCUGGGUCGCGUUGGCUAUACAAAAGAAGUCGCUGAUGGCAUUAUCUUCUUAGCUAGUAAUACAUCCAGUUUUAUAACCGGCGCAACUUUGCCCAUCGAUGGAGGGAAGCAUGCAAUGUGCCCACGUUAA